AUGUGGCUCGACCGACUGGCCGGAGGGCCGGCCAGCAACCCCGGACCCUCCACUCCCCAGCCCGGGAACAGAGCAUAUUCGCCGCUGCCCCGGAGGACUUCGAGUUCCUUGAGCCCAUAUGUCACAUCCCAACGUGGCGGUGUCUCUCCCCGUGGCUCUUCGCUGUCCCUCGUCUCCAAUGAUUCCUCCUCAUCCCUCCUAUCCUCGUCGCGAAGACCGAACGGCUCCAACCUCAGGCAAACCUCCACCAUCGAGACGGGACCAGACUCUCUUGAAGUAUUAGAGACAUUGCUGGCCGGAUUCUCGACAGACAGCGAUUCAGCGACAAAGCAAAAGACCAUAAGCCAGGAUGAUAUUGACUUCGAAGCGGACUUUGGAGGCCUAUCAUUAAAGGAGCUAGCUGCGUCGCAAGCCCCUGAGCCGGCCACCUUCAACACGCGCAAGCCGCAAACCGCAGAAGAGAGCGAGAAUGAACGAUCCAAGCUUGAGGAUCUCCAUCGGUCAAUAGAAGCAUGUGACGACGUCCUCAACUCGGUCGAGAUCAACCUAGCGAGUUUCCGCAAUGAUCUUGCUACAGUAUCGGCCGACAUCGAGUCUCUGCAAACCCGAUCGACAGCUUUGAAUAGGAGACUAGAGAAUCGGAAACAGGUUGAAAAGGCUCUGGGACCCCUGGUCGAAGAGCUGAGCCUGUCUCCGGAAGUCAUCUCAAAGAUCUCUGAGGGGCACAUCGACGAGACAUGGGCCAAGAUGCUCGCAGAGCUGGAUCGGAAAACUGUUUCUUUCAAGAAGAAGUCUGAGACGAGGCCAAGUAAGGCGGCCAAGGAUCUUGAACCGAUCUUGGAGAAACUCACACUCAAGGCCAUUGAGCGCAUUCGCGACUUUAUCGUCGCUCAGAUCAAGGCUCUGCGAUCACCUCACAUCAAUGCGCAGAUCAUCCAACAACAGAACUUUCUCCGUUUCAAAGACCUGUUCACCUUUCUUCACAAGCAUCAUCCUACCCUUGCCAAUGAGAUCGCCUUGGCGUACAUGAACACGAUGCGAUGGUACUACCUCAACCAGUUCACCCGGUAUGAAAAGGCACUUGGCAAGAUAAAACUACACAUCCUGGAUAAGAACGACACACUCGGUCACGAGGACAUAACUCGCAAGGCCACCGUCCUCUCGAGCUCCCGGGCUCCAGGUCCGCCCCAUGACGCUUUCAACCUUGGCCGUCGCAUCGACCUCCUCAAGACCAACAGUCAAGCCGCCCUGUCCUCGUACCUCGCCGAGGAGGACCAGUCGACACACUACCUCGAGGUCCCCUUCCGCAACUUUAAUGUCGCUCUCAUCGACAAUGCCACUGCCGAAUACACCUUCAUGGCCACCUUUUUCUCACCCGCCUUGUCCUUUGGCCAGAUCUCAAAGAACUUCAACUAUGUCUUUGAACCCACCUUUGAACUCGGCCAGACCCUCUCUAGGUCUCUCGUCGGAGAAUCCUACGACGCCCUCGGCCUGCUCCUCUGCAUCCGCCUCAACCAGCACUUUGCCUUUGAGCUCCAGCGCCGCAAGGUCCCCGCUGUUGACGGCUAUAUCAACGCCACCACCAUGCUCCUAUGGCCUCGCCUUCAGGUCAUCAUGGAUCGUCAUUGCGACUCGGUCCGCCACCUGACCAACGCUGUGCCCUCGAAGCCCAAUCGCGCGGACCAGGCAAAGCUGUCCGCUGCGCCUCACGUUGUGACGCAGCGCUUCGGCCAGUUGCUUCAUGGUUUCCUAGCCCUCAGCGCUGAUGCCGGUGACGAUGGGCCUGUCGUUGCUAGUCUUCGUCGUCUACGUUCCGAGGUGGAGACCUUCCUCGGUCGUCAGGCCGAGUCAUACGGCGACAAGCGCAAGAGUGGGCGCUUCCUCUACAACAACUACUCUCUCAUCCUCACCAUCAUUAGCGACGAGAGCGGGACGCUGGCCGAGGAGCAGCAGGAGCACUUUGAGGAGCUCAAAGCUCAGUUCCAGGAGGCAGCCUAG